UAGAAAAGAGAUAUAGCCACAUAGGUUAAUAGGCAUAUAGCUUUUGUCCAAUAGAGAAGAACCCAUACCACACACGCAAAGCAUGUGGGCAGAAAAGACAAAAGAGAGAGGUGUGUGCGCAGUUGAUUAAUUAGAGAAAUGAUUAUCAGAUAGAGAUAGUGGAGUGGAGAGAGCAAUCGAUGGAAGCAGGAGGCAGUUUGGCCGACUCUAGGUAAAGAAAAGUUGAAGAACAGUAGGAGUCAGGAAAGCGACUGCAGCGUCAGAGCUAACUUUAUUAGGGUUGUUUGUCUGUGUAGGUCGGUGUUGGCUUCAAUAAUAGUAGUAGUACUAUGAUUUUCUUUUAUUAGCAGCAGACCGUUGGACUAAUAGGGUCAUCCCGGUUCUGCGGUUUCACUAUGGGAUCGCUAAAAAGCGUUUGGCCUAGCAAAGGCCGCUUAAGUACAGAGACCGGACCGCUUUUGUUGACGGUUGGCGGUUUUCCCGGUCCGCUUCACUGGUCUGGUCCGGCUCUUACAACAAGGCUCGCACCACUGGCAAUGCAUUGCCUGUUGCUGUCAUGUUCCUGUAACCAUCCCAGAACGAUCAAUAGUCGAGACCAACUUAGAUACAACCUGCACCAAUUCAGACGACUGGGUGGCUACAACAUGCACACCCCGACCUGGUGCUCGUCUCGAUCUCCUGGAAAUUCCCCAAUCAUAUCCUGCUCUGCCAUCUCUUCAAAGAGUUUAUUCAGCUGCAGCGGCGUCUUUAGUGAAACCAUGAUUGGGACACUUGAGGAAAAGACUGGUGUAUCUUUCCCAAGCAUCCGGAAUGGUUUCAUCCUCCUCCUGGGCAAAGUGGGUGAUCUGCUUUUGCAGAGCCGCCGUCUUCGACGAAGGAUGAUAGCAGGUAAGGAACUUGUCCGCCAGGUUGGCGGACAUGGUGAUCGAUCACGGAGAGGCCGAGUGUCCAGCCACUCCUUGGCAUGCCCCUCCAGAGUGAAUGGGAAGUAUCCCAGCUAAAUGGCAUCGGUUGAGACCCCAUUUAUCUUGAUCCCAUCGAUGAGCUCGUGGAAUCGCAGCAGAUGCAAUCUGGGACACUCCCCCUCCUAUCCACGGAAUACCACCGAGUCGCACAUCAUGGUGAUGACAGAGGUGCUCACCUCAAAGUUAUUGGCUGGAACUUGAGGGUGUUGGAUGGGCGACCUCAUGUCCGCGGCUCAAGCAGUCCAGUAAUAUCUCAUGGUGUGCUCGUCAGGGACAACCACAUCAUUGUCUUGUGGCUAACCCAUGUCUUCCUCUUGGUUGAUGUGUAGCUGUGCUAGAGCCUCCUUUGCAGCCGAUCGCGCCUUUAAAGCUCGCUUGAAGUUCCUACAAGUCAGUUCAGGCUCUUGGUCUAACGGCAAUAGUUCUCCUGACUGGCUACGGGUCUUGCACUACCUGCAUAUAGAAUGCAAACACAACCCGUGAAGGCACAAAGGUGGAAGAGAAAGAAUGAUGUAAAAAAAAGCUAGAGUAACAAACUUUCACGUUUCUACAAUAACCUAGGUUCCCCGGCUACGGCGCCAAAAACUUGGCAUGCUAUUACACAACACCAAACUACGACCAAGUGUAAUCGCAGUCCAGAAAUGCAGAAUAGUGGUAAGUUCAAUUUGUCAACCCGGGGUCUAGAUCUACUGCCUACUCCGUGAUUAUCUAUUACCUAGUGAGACUAAGUUGAGUGAAUGUGAUUUUAAGCUAAAGCAGUAAGAAAGCAGGAAAAUAUCAAAGUUCUUAAGCAAGGGAAGAGUCACUCGGGAAUGAAUCCCCUAGCUCCUUAGUUAGGUCAAAGUUGUAAUUCCCUUUGGUUGAUUCACUAUUGAUUAAACUGCGAAAGAUCCCAAAUUAGCUUGGAAUCUCUUAAGCUGACCAAGCCCUCUUAGACAUAAUACCCGGCAGGUGACUAGCCUUCACCGGAAUAGACUGCUAAAACGAUUCACACGGAUCUCCACUACUAUAAUGAAUUCCAGCACAAAGCAGUGAAUAGACUAACUCUCGUAUAAUCAAUUCACUACUACCGAUUGAAGAAGCUCCAACAACCUAAUCAGAUUCUAUCUAUCUCAGGUUGCAGCAGAAAUCAAGAAACGUUGAUCAGGCUUCAAUUGACUCAAUCAAAACACUUCAAUGGAUUAUAACCAAGCAGUAUAUCAAUCCAAACGUCAUUACAAUCAAUAUUCCUAACACGUGGAACUAGGGUUCUUCAUACCCAAGUGAGAGAGAGUUCUACUCCAUAGAGAGAGAGAGAGAGAGGAAAACAGAAUACAAAGCAGUCAUACUCAUAAUGAUCGGAAGAAUCUGCUUUGGGAUGAUAAUCUUCACCCCACAACCAUGUUUUGCUUUUCCCGCCCGUGUUUUUGCCUCGUCUGUGAAAUACAUACUCGUGCUGAGUAAAAUACGGGCGUGCCCAAGGAGUGAUACGACCGUGUUUUAGAGCUGCUGCGCCCGUGUUUUGGACUCCUCAGCAACAGUCACAAUGAGGCUCUCGGCAUAAAAAGCACGGACUGGGGACACGGCCGUGUUUUGGGUCAAUGGUGCCCGUGUUUUCUCCUUGCAGCAAUUCAGCUCGCGCACUAAAAAGCACUGGCGUGCCCCUUAGCGAACACGGUCGUUUCUAGAGUGGUAUGCCCGUGUUUUUGCCCCAGCUUCACCGAAUGACCUACAAACGCCUCGAAACUCGUGCCUAGCUCUUAUUUCGAUGUCUGGGACCUAAAAUGUGACAAAAUAGCAAAACCCGGCGUAAAAUAGGCCAAAGAUAUACCACUAUGAGCCACAAACGGAUAAGAAAUAAGGGUGUAAACA